AUGAUAUUCUUUGUCGCGACUGAUAAAUAUCCUCUGUUUUUUAUUCUCGAGCAGAACGUUAACACGCCGGACGAGAAUGUAGUUGUAUAUUCACAUCCUGUUGCUGAAGGACCUUCGUCCACGACAACGCGACUUAUCGAUAAGGAUGAUCCGCGAUCCAGACUGCAUUUUGUAAAAUAUCUAAAACGCGACGGAAAAACGCUCAAAAUCUGGGAAUGCGGCAUUUGUUCAAAAGAGUUCCGUCACCAGUACACCCUGAUGAGACACUUGCCGACCCACACCGACGAGAGAAACUUUAAAUGCGAGGCUUGCGGCAAGGCUUUCCGCCAGUUGUCAACAUUGAGUCAGCACAAGGCUAUACACAGCGAUGCUAGACCCUACGUAUGCGAAUUCUGCAAGAAAACGUUUAAUAGGGUGUCUACGUUAAUCUCUCAUCGAAAAACGCAUUCGGAACACAAGCCACACAAGUGUCACGUAUGUGGUAAAGGAUUUCAUCAAAAGGGCAAUCUGCGUAAUCACGUAUUCACGCAUACGAACGAGCGGCCAUACAAAUGCGAGCUCUGCGGCAAAGGCUUCAAUCAGAUGUCAAAUUUGGUCUGUCAUAAGGUGAAAGCGCACGCACACGCCGACAAGAUGCAAUAUUCAUGCGGAGUCUGCGGAAAGGAGUUUCCGCGUAGAUUCGCCUUACGAUCGCACGAGGAGUACAAGCACGGUAUAAAGUAUCGAAGCACGAGCAACGCGCAAUCUGCCGUGAACGAACCCAGUACCGCAAAAAGCAAGAACGUUAGGAUCAUACAAUUGUUCAAUGGCGAUCGAAAUCAAACGAGCGAAAGCAAAGAGAAGGAUUAUUUUGGCUCAUCGGACUUAAUAGACAGCAUUGUGAUAGACAAAAUCGAAACAAAAGCGAUGGAGAUUGCAUUACUCCAAGGCCAGACUCCCUUUGCUCUUUAUAGACCCAUUAAGGGUAUACCGGUACUUGUUAAAGUUUUACCCACUGCAAGUAAUAAGCACAUACUUACACCUGCGACUGCCGAAGAUUUGCGAAUGGCGGGGAAGAUAACUUCAAAUCCUACCGAGUCUUCAGACGCUGAUGGCAACAAGGCUGUUCAGGUAAAAGUACCGGUAGUUGCCACAGUGAUACAGAAUAUCGAAACUGAUGGCAAAUCCAGCUUCGUCAUCGAGCCUCCCGGAGCAGAACAGGAGCAAGAUGAUCUAGUGACAGCGUUAGACUCGCAAUUCUCUCUCUCUGAGCUUCAUCCCGACGAAGCGGUCCGUCAAAACAGUGCGAAUUCAACUCCGUCAAUGGACGAGUGUAACGAGUUGCUGGAGCUGGCUGCGCAAGGUGGAAUACAAUUCGUUCGCGCUACGGAGGACGGUCGUUACGAACUUUUAAGAGUUAUAAGAUUAUAUAUUUUGGUAAAAAUGUAUUUCAAAUCCGACACUGGCUAG